GUCUGCACCGGAUGUUUUGAAAUCUUCGGAGGGAGGAGGGACAGACAUGGCGGCCAACACGUACAGAAUGACGGACCGUGACAUCACACGGAUGAUCCAGCUCCGAGCCACCAACACGUCCAUCUUCACCGGGAAGAGGAACUCUGCCAUGAGAGGCUGGAGGGCGAUCCGGAGAGAGAUGGGGCUCCAGGGGACGAUGACAGCGUGGCAGCUGAAGAAGAAGUGGGACAACCUGAAGGAGAAGUACAAGGUGCUGAAGAGCCCCCCGGCGGGCAUGGAGAGCCCGACCCAGCCCAGCUCGUGGCGCUGGUUCUGGCUGAUGGACGAGGCACUGAGCGGCCGCCUGGCGGGCACCGCCGCCGUGGUCCAGCCCUCGCCGCUGGACGAGCAGGACGAGCCCGGAGAGGCUCCUCCCGGGCUGAGCCUGGACGAAGGGAGCGCUGGGGGCCUCGGGGGUCGGGGGGGCCUCGGGGGCCGGGGCCUCGGGGCGCUGGGGAGGAAGCGUGGGGACAUCGAGGUGGCGAGCAGAACUGGAUCUCCUGAGGAGGCUGACGCAGCCGGAGGAGACGGAGAUCAGGUUGAGAAGCCACAGUGUCAGCCGGCCGUGGUGGGGAGUCAGCCCGUGGCAAACACAAGCCAGCCGGUGUUACUGCACGCCACCUUACAGCCCGGCUGCCACGGCAACGCCAUCAAGACGCCUCCAUCCUCCUUCUCCUCCUCCUCCUCCUCCUCCACGCACGCCACGCAGCGCGACGAGUUGGAGCUGCAGCGAGAGUGGAGAGCUCUGGAGAGAGAGCAGGCCGAGCUGGAGAGAGAGCUGAUCGGCCUGGAGACAGACAGGAGGCUCGUAGAGACAGACAGGAGGCUCGUAGAGAGAGACAGGACUGUUCUGGAGAGAGACCGGGCCUUUCUGGAGAGAGACCGGGCCUUUCUGGACCGAGACCGGGCCUUUCUGGAGAGAGAUCGGGCCUUUCUGGACCGAGACCGGGCCUUUCUGGAGAGAGACCGGGCCUUUCUGGAGAGAGCCAGGGAGGAUUUGGAGAGAGAGCGAGCGCUGUGGAGGAGAGAGAGGGAUGGGGGGGUUGCCAUGGCGACCAUGGCGGCGGCGGACGGUCGUCAGCGGGCCGACAUGGCGCCGGAGAAGGAGGUCGUGCUACACACCCGGUUCUACCAGAACCUGAUGGCGGCAGACCUGGAUCCAGACCAGCGGGAGAGCAGACACAGACUGGUCUCUUUGUUCCAGAAGCUGGUGGAGAAACUGUAGACCCAGGAUGUAGAUCAGAGGUCAUGUGAUGAAAGGGUGUGUGUGUGUGUGUGUGUGUGUGUGUGUGUGUGUGUGUUUCUCUGUUUGUG